CUCACGGUCAAACCAGUCGACGAAGCAAAACUCUCUUUGGUCUAUUCUCUCUCUCUCUCUUUCUCUCUCUCUUGAACAAUGACGUCGACGACUUGCGCGAGAGAGGUUCACUACAGAGGAGUAAGGAAGAGACCAUGGGGUCGCUACGCAGCAGAGAUUAGAGAUCCUUGGAAGAAAACUAGGGUUUGGUUAGGCACUUUCGACACUCCCGAAGAAGCUGCUCUCGCUUACGAUGGCGCCGCCCGUUUCCUCCGUGGCAUCAAAGCUAAGACUAACUUCCCCUCUCCUCUCUCCCUUGACCUUAACCACAUCCCUUCCGCUCCCUCCGUCCCCGCCGCAGAUAACCAUCACAACCAACUCCAACAACUCUGGUUUUCGACUCCUCCUCCGGUUUCUGACAAUCACCACCACCAACACCAUAGAGUCUUUCUCCGAACCGGAGUGCUCAACGAUACGACCUCCGAUUUCCUCUCUAGAGAAACACCGCUUCACAUCGCCGCCUUGCCUGCCGCUGCCACGUCUUCGCCUCGAGUAGUUGAGUUUCCGAUGAGUACUGCCCCCGCAAGGAGAAGACCUUGAUCUCAACGAGCCGCCGCCGCUUUGGCUGUAAAACACACUAUGAAAAUGGAGAACGGCGCCGUCUUGAUGAACACUUUCGGUGGAACUAUUAUUGUUUUAACUUUAGUUUCUUUUUAGCUAAACAAUAUCUUUUUAGAGUAAUAUGAUUAGUUUUCUUUUGUCAGUGUCCUUUUCUAUUUUGGUUAUGUAAGAGACGGAUACUGAUGGUUAUGAUCCAUCAUCCAUGUUGCGGAAACAAAAAAUAAACUUCUUAAUUAACUAACACUUAGUAUUA